AUGGCUCACACCAAAACCACCAACUUAUCUUCUCCUUCCUCUUUCUCUUCCUCUUCCUCCUCCACUGCAUCUACUCGACCGAACAACUCAUCGCCUUCACAACAACCGCGGUCCAGCACCAAAACCAAAAACAACAACAACAAGCAUCCAGUCUACCGGGGUGUCCGACUCCGAAGAUGGGGCAAAUGGGUAUCCGAAAUCCGACAACCUCGUCAAAAAACCCGCAUUUGGCUCGGCAGUUUUCCGACACCAGAGAUGGCCGCUAGAGCUCACGACGUAGCCGCCUUAUCCAUAAAAGGUAAUGCGGCUAUUCUUAACUUCCCACAACUCAAAGACACGUUACCAAGGCCUGCUUCUCGUUCUCCACGUGAUGUUCAAGUAGCAGCUGCUAAAGCAGCCUCCAUGCACGUGAGUUUGUCACCGGUGCAUGCGAAACCGCCAUCGUUGUUGUUGAAUGAUGAUGAUGAUGAUGUUGUUUGUAAUGAUGAGUUGGGUGAGAUUGUUGAGUUGCCGAAUUUGGACGGGUGGUUUGAGUCGUCGGAGAUGGAGGUGGUGGUGGAGACGAUGGAUGGGUGGAUGUAUCCGGCCUGGGCGGUGGCUGACAGUGAUGGUUUAACUGGAACUGGCUAGCCACCGGCCAUAUGCCGGAUAAUUUGAUUAUGUUUUGAUACAUAUAGAA